AUGCCUUUGAAUCUAGCUCGGCGUGGAGGAGCCAUCCUCCGGAACCUGCAUCUUAGCGAUGCAUUCUCUCGUCCUAUCCAUGUAGCUGUUUCCCAGAGUCACAUCAGGCGCAUUUCCUUGAUUACGCGCGGUAAGACUUUGCGCCCAAUUUCCAGGGCACCUUCGGCGACCAGCGUGCUCUCGCAGCGCCUACUUAAGACCUACGCGACCACGACUGAGAGCAAGAGCGAGAAGACAAAACCUGCCAAAACCACCAAGGGCGAAAAGGGGACCAAGAAAACAAAGACCAAGAAGAGCUCAACGAAGCCCAAACCCAAACCGAAGCCAAGAAAGCCAUUGACGGAGGAGCAAAAGGAGGCCAGGAAGGAGGCCAGGAAGGCACAGAAGCUCAAGGAUCAUAUUAAGGCCCUCAAAGUUACUGCGCUGCAGGCACCAAAGAAACUGCCAGAACGCGUGGCUAAUUUGAUCAUUAUGCAAAAGCUUCAAGAAACACUGAAGACACACAAGACCCCGCAAGAGGCAUUUAAAGCUGCUAGUGAGCUUGGUAGGACAAUCAGUGAGGAAGAGCGAGAGCGCCUCAAUGCGAUUGCAGAGUCCAACAGAAACGCUAAUGAAGCUGCAUACGACCAAUGGAUCAAAUCCCACACACCACUUCAGAUCAAGGAAGCAAAUCUCGCACGUAACAGAUUGACAAAACUCACGAAAAAGAAGUAUCCCCCUCUUCGCGAUGACCGAUUGGUUAAGCGUCCUUCCUCUUCUUAUGUCUUCUUCUACCUUGAACGCACCGGUCAGGGCGACUUCAAGCACAUGACCGUCAAGGACAUUGGUGCACGGGUCGCAGAGGAAUGGAAAGGCUUGACGGAAUCGGAGAAAGAGAAAUACUACAAGCUUCACCUCGCCGACAGAGAACGUUAUGACCGCCAGUACCAAGAGGUAUACGGCGAGGAGGCACCUAAGCUGCGAAAGUCCCCCGAGUAA